AUGGAGAUUGCGAAAUUGAACGAAGAUAGGAAGCGAAAGUGGGAAUCAAUAGAAAUUCAGCUGAGUAACGCAAUAACCGGGAGUUCAUCAAGCGGUGGCUUGUUGGAUCCAUGGAGACUGUCGCUGCAACAAGCUCAACAAUUCCCUUUGUUGAUCAACAAUAUGACAGGGACAGUACUGGAACAAUCUUCAAGUGUUUUGUAUCCAUUACUCGAACGUAACGAAGGAAUUAAUCAAGAGCAAGAGACCGGUUACACGAAUCAGCUAAGAUCUAAGCCAUUGAUGGAUAUGAAUCCAGGCGGGGAAACACAGUCAGACGACGUGAGAGCGGGAGAGAGCAAUCAUCAGAACGGUGUGGAUAACUUGUCGAGGAACCUAUUGGCGAGCAUUAACAUAAAUUCGACGAAUGAUCAAUACCCUCCAUGGGUUGGAAGCAACAACUCUUGGAACACCGACCUUCCCGGCUUCUCCUCCAACAAUUCUGCACCAGGCCAUCUACUGUGA